CCCCCCCUAUCGAUCACUACCCUCUGGCAGUUUCAUAUAUCUCCUAUCGCUGUCACUUACAUAUGUAAAUACUCCAGCAAUGGUAUAAAUUUGUGUUUAAAUACAUAAAUACCUAUCGCAUUGAUAAGAUAAAAUAAAAAUGUUGUCCAAAUAAAUGCUGCAAAAAAGUAAAAUAAAAUCAGACCCAGUGGGUGACUUCAGUUCGCUGGGAGACACGACGCAGACAGGGCAAAAGUAAACUAGCUCCGGGAUUAUCAGUGAAAUCAAUCCGAAUAAUGGUAAUCUGUGAGAUUGAAUUCUUCAAUAAUCCCCUGGGGAUUUUCUAUGCAGGCCAGCUGAUCUCUGGACAGGUGGUAAUCAAGACUGACAAGACGAAACCAGUUAAAGCGGUGAUUCUCCAAAUCAAAGGAAAUGCCGAAACCCAUUGGUCUGAUACGGAAUACGAUCCGGAGGAUCAGUCAAACGGUGAAUCAUUCAACGGACAUGUGGACUACCUGGCCACUAGGGCCUAUCUGCACGGGUCUAGUUCCAGCAUAGAGGUGCUUAUUAAGCCCGGCACUAGCACAUAUAGAUUCGCCUGUCAGUUGCCCAUCACAUGUCCCUCUUCUUUCGAGGCGACACUCGGACGGAUACGUUAUCUGGUGAACGUGAGGUUCGUGCGUCCGUGGAAGUUCGACCAGAACUUCAAUCGGUGUUUUACUGUGCUCAAAGUGAUGGACUUAAACUCGGCGAGUCUGAUGUUGAGGGUACCCAGUCAAGUGGAAUCACAGCGCACUUUCUGCUGUUUUCCCUGUCGCUCGUCGCCCCUCAGUAUGCGACUCUCCCUGCCGCAGGGUGGCUUUGUGCCAGGACAGACUGUACCGGUGGAGGUAAUGGUCUCCAACGACAGUGGCGUAGUAGUAGAGGACAUAACCGUAAAACUGGCCAUGGUGGUUAUCUACUACAGUCAGCCCCCGUGCGCGGACACCAACAAGGAUCGUUUUGUGAUGGUCCAGAAAAUUGGAGAGGGAGUGUCGACGAAAUGCCGCAAGCAGCUAACCUUCGAUCUUAAGGUCCCAGCAACUCCGCCAACCUGCUUCAAUCUAUGCAGCAUCAUUCAGAUCGGCUAUCAGGUUGAAGCAGAGGCCAGGGUCAAAGGUUGUCAUGGUGGUCAGUCUCUCCACAUACCCAUAACUAUUGGAAGUGUUCCGCUAACGAGGCAGCUGCAGAAAGAGCCAAAGAUUUGGGGCGAGGACGCACUACCGCAGCAACUGGAUGCCAAGGCAUUGAUUUUAAUUGGGAGCGAGCCUGUUCAGCCAGAACCACUUGGCCCUCCAACUCCUUGGUCUGCAGACCCAUCUAUUGCUCCGCCGAAUUAUGUCGCAGCAAAACACAUUUGUCCAGAUCCACAGAAAUUCGCAAAGUCUAAAAAAAAAUCGCAGAAAAAAACUGGUAAGGGGUCACAAGAGAAGAAAAGAGAAGACAUUUCGUUCACUCCCUUGUAUGGUGUAUUUGAUUUGUCAAAUCAAAAGGAAGAAAUUAUUGUGAGACCCAAUGAAAUCAAGACUGAUGGAGGCUAUGUCAAUGACGAGGUAGAAAAAAGCACUUGGCUUUAAAGGUGUUGAAAAAGAAUGUUACUACUUUUAAAAAAAUAAAUAAAGAAUCCGAUUUAAGAAAUCAAAA